AUUUGCAAUACAAUUUGUUUGAAUUUAAUCUUUUACCUAAGCGAUGUCAGAAAGACCAGAAAUAGCCAAAGAUGCUGUGCUGAAGCGUAGCGAGCGCAUUCCUGAGGGCACUCCCCAGGUUCAGGGCUAUGAUUUCAACCAGGGCGUGGAUUACAGCAAGCUCUUUGAAUCAUACAAAAACACCGGAUUCCAAGCCACAAAUCUCUGCCUGGCUAUGCAAGAGAUUAAUAAAAUGCUCGAUUGCAGGGCUCAACCGCUGGAUGUAGAGCAGGAGGACCUCCAUGAAUCGGACGACUUCAUUCGGCGACGGAGCAGUUGCACCAUAUUUUUGGGCUACACCUCCAACCUGGUAUCGUCCGGAAUGAGAGAGACAAUACGUUUCCUUGCCGAGCAUCGGAUGAUCGACUGCAUUGUAACCACCGCUGGUGGCGUGGAGGAGGAUUUCAUAAAAUGCCUUGCCCCCACAUUCAUGGGUUCCUUCGACCUCAACGGACGGGAGUUGCGCGACCGGGGAAUCAAUCGCAUUGGCAAUCUGCUGGUCCCCAACGACAAUUACUGCAAGUUUGAGGACUGGUUAAUGCCACUGCUCGAUGAAAUGCUCGAAGAUCAGCGCGCCAAGGGCACGGUGUGGUCUCCAUCUCGCAUCAUCAAUCGACUGGGCGAAAGGAUUGCGGAUCCCAGGUCGAUCUACUACUGGACAGCCAAGAAUCAAAUUCCCGUCUUUUGUCCGGCACUAACAGAUGGCAGUCUUGGUGAUAUGAUGUACUUCCACUCUUUCCGUCAGCCUGGCCUGGUUGUGGACAUACUCUCCGAUCUGCGACGCCUCAACACAAUGUCCGUCAAGGCCGUCAACAGUGGCAUGAUCAUUGUGGGUGGCGGUGUCAUCAAGCAUCACAUCUGCAAUGCAAAUUUGAUGCGAAAUGGCGCCGACUACUCGGUGUUCAUCAACACCGCUUCGGAAUUCGAUGGCAGCGACAGUGGCGCCCGUCCAGACGAGGCAAUAUCUUGGGGUAAGAUACGCAAAGAUGCUACGCCUGUUAAGGUGUACGCCGAGGCCAGUUUGGUCUUCCCCCUCAUUGUGGCCGAAACCUUUGCCAAGCGGCAUUUUUCCAAGCAAAAUGUCGACUCUCCCCCAGUGUAAAUAAAUGUUUAUGUAAGGAAAAAGUAAUGGACACGUAUGUAACUUGUUAACUUGUAACUUGUGUCCUGCGCCCACCCCCCAAGUAACACUUAACUUGCCAAUAUAUCUGUGGGGCGCAGCGUACAAGCCAGAGGCCAUUUAUAUUUUCCACUGUGCUGUCCUGUCCACUAGGCAGCGACGGCCAUAAUGUCUGGCUUGCGCGAGUAAAACGCCCCCUCUGGAUCAACAUCGGACGAUUCGUUAUAUGAAUUAUGCAUACAUCUGUGAAAUAUUAAAAUUAAAUUAAAAAAUGCGUUAAAUUUAAACUGUA